UCCCUUUAUAUACACCCUUAAACAAACACCAAUUCACACACAAUCACCGAAUCACUCUCCUCCUUUUGGAAUAUUUCACACAAAAUCAUGCUUAAGUUUGCAAAACUAGCCUAUGAGCAUCUAAUCAUAUCUUCCUCUCAACAUGAUCCCAUCAUUUCUUUCUCUCUACUAAUCAUCAGCAUGCUCAUGUUCUACAUCAUGAAAAAGCCUAAAACGGUCUACCUCCUCGACUUUGCAUGUUUUAGGCCUCCCCGGAUGUAUCGGGUACCCUUUGCCACUGCCAACGAACACGGACGCAUCAUUUUAGCCUCGCAGCCGAAAAACAUUGAAUUCCAACUUAAGAUCUUCGAGCGGGCCGGGUUGGGCGAGGAAACAAGCUUACCCGGAGCCUUACAUUACAUACCACCAACCCCUAGUUUGAUGGAUGCUAGAGAAGAGACCGAGAUGGUGGUUUUCUCUGCGGUGGACUCGUUGUUUGAGCAAACCAGGCUUAAACCUGAAGACAUUGAUAUUGUAAUCAUGAAUUGCAGCCUCUUUGUAGCAACUCCAUCACUUUCAUCUAUAGUGAUUCACAAAUAUAAAAUGAGAAGUAAUGUGAAGAGUUAUAGCUUAUCUGGGAUGGGAUGUAGUGCUGGCCUAAUUUCAAUUGAUUUAGCUAAACACCUUCUUCAGGUCCAUCCGGAAUCUAAUGCACUUGUAAUAAGCACUGAAAUCAUCACUCCGAAUUCAUAUUUAGGAAGUGAAAGAUCGAUGCUACUCCCAAAUGUUCUUUUUAGAAUGGGAGGUGCAGCAAUCCUAUUAACAAAUAAAAGGUGUUUAAGUAACCAUGCAAAGUAUAGUCUCUUGCAUGUGGUUCGUACACACAAAGGGGCUGAUGAUAAAUCUUAUGGUUGUGUUACACAAACAGAAGAUAAAGAAGGUUACCCAGGAGUAGCCCUUAGCCAAGAUCUCAUGGUGAUUGCAGCUAAAUCCUUAAAAUCAAACAUCAGUACACUUGGAUCAUUGGUUCUUCCAUUGUCUGAACAGCUCUCUUUUCUCUUCAAUCUUUUAGGGAGAAAAGUGUUUAAACUGAAAAGGAAACCCUACAUUCCUAAUUUCAAAAAGGCGUUCGAUCAUUACUGUAUCCAUGCAGGAGGACGGGCGGUGCUCGAUGCGAUCCAGGAGAGUUUGAAGUUAUCUGAUGAACACAUUGAGGCGUCGAGAAUGACGUUGUAUCGGUGGGGAAAUACAUCUUCGUCGUCAGUAUGGUACGAGAUGGGGUACAUUGAAGCAAAGGGAAGGAUGAAGAAAGGUGAUAGGGUUUGGCAAAUAGGGUUUGGGAGUGGGUUUAAGUGUAAUAGUGUGGUUUGGAAGUGUAAUAGAGACAUUGAAAUUCCAAAAAGUGGAGCAUGGGCAGAUUGCAUUAAUAGGUACCCAGUUUCUAUUCCAGAAAUUGUGAAGUAUUAAGGUGAAGAGGAGAAUGUUUGUUUCUUAUUAGAGUUCCUUGGAAUUCUAUAAUAAAAUGGUUGCAACGAAUAAACUUAUAAACUUUGGUUACUAUUGUGUGAAGUUUUCCUUUAAAAAAAGGAAAGUAAAUGACUCGAUCUAUGUAUUUGUAAAUUUGUUUGGCAUUUUAGUCUAUGUUUCUUCUUGAUU